AGUAGGCUUUGCAUUACUUCUGUUCGACCAUCAUGUCCAAGAUCCCCCCGCAGGUGCUGUCGGAGGCCAUCCAGGCCGUCCUGAAGGUGGAGAAGGAGCGCAAGUUCAAGGAGAGCGUGGACCUGCAGGUCAACCUCAAGAACUACGACCCCCAGAAGGACAAGCGUUUCUCUGGCUCGCUGAAGCUGCCGAACGUGUGCCGCCCGCGCAUGUCCGUCUGCCUCCUGUGCGACCUCGUGCACGAGGACAUUGCCAAGAAGGAGGGCGUGCCGACGAUGAACCAGGAGGAGCUCAAGAAGCUGAACAAGAACAAGAAGCUGGUGAAGAAGAUGUGCAACCAGUACGACGCCUUCCUGUGCUCGGAGUCGAUCAUCAAGACCGUGCCGCGUCUCGUCGGCCCGCACAUGCAUCGUAUGGGCAAGUUCCCCACCGUGUGCUCCCCGAGCGAGUCCCUCACCGACAAGAUCACCGAACUGCGCGCCACCGUGAAGUUCCAGCUGAAGAAGGUGCUGUGCCUCGGCACCUGCAUCGGCCACUUGGAGAUGACGGAGGACCAGCUCCGCCAGAACAUCACCAUGGCGCUCAACUUCCUCGUGUCGCUGCUGAAGAAGAACUGGCAGAACCUGAAGUCCGCCUACCUGAAGUCGACGAUGGGCAAGUCGCAGCGCAUCUACUGA